AUGGACGGCUUCAUCCAACCACAAUACGACUUCCGAACGCAGUCAUGGAUCAAGUCAGCAACUCCCCACACCACAAUCGCCAGCGCAAGCACGGAGAGAAUCAACGCUCACCCCGCCACCGUCCUCGCAUCUUCCGCUCAGUCCGCCGACUCUAACGCACUCCUGCAGCGCGGCUUCUUGGUCCGCCGCUCCGGGUGGGAGGUGCAUCUAUCAACUCCAUCCACUGGGCGCUUCUAUGGCAACGGUAAGCCCCACGCAGAUGUCGCAGCGAACCGAUCAAUGUUCGCAGAUUCACUCGUCCGUGCGGUAUGCUGGUACCCGUGGCAGCAAGGCUGUUCGUUCAGCAAUAAUCCUGCUGAAAAGCCUCCCAGCAAGACUUAUGCCGGCCACUAUCCCUCUAGACGGUACUCCUUCCUCUCUCUCGCCGGGCAUGCCUCGCAUUCCGUCCACCAGUAUGCAUGUUCAAUUCACGUGCUUAAAUACCCGGCUCUAUAUCUCCUCCAUCCGACAUUCGAGAAAAAGGCCACUAGAAAGACCAUGUCGAACACAUCGUGCCCGCCCUUGCCGGAAGACGAAGACCUCCUCCAUUACCUCUCCCUCUUGGAGACGAGAGCCCCACCUCUCUUCCUCUCUACUCCUACAUUAACUCGUACACACCUUGCUAUCACGCAUCUCCUACACAAGUACCGUGUCCGCUGUCCCUACUGCCAAGGCAACCGUCAUCGCCACCGAGCCGCUCCACCCUCCUCCAAAGCCCUUGUCGCCAUGUCCAAGUUGACCCUCCUCCGACUUCGGGUCAUGUCCCAACGCCGACUCCUUACAUACCUCCGCCCGAUCGCAAUGGACUGGAUGUGCCGCAAAUGCUUCUCUUCCAAGACGAUAAACUCCGGCAAGCAACGAAUCGCUCUAGAGUGGGUGCGAGAGCUACGGCACGUCCUCGCUAUGCUGGCCCGAAGGGACGACCUAGCAACCGGCCAGCUCCGCCCUCAACCAGCCCUUAUCGACAUCACCCGAACCCCUCCUUCAACCUCCCACGACGACGACACGCCCUGCAUAAUCUGCGCCGACUCCAUCUCCUCCCCUGCGAAUGAAAAGGCCUGCUUUCAGUGCAGCAACGUCAUCCACCGGACCUGUUUCGACCAAUACGCCGCCUUCGAGGACCUCAACCAGGAAGCUACAUCGCAUGCCGAGCCGUCGGUUCUCAACCUUCCGUGCGUCUUCUGCCGAUGCAUCGUGCUUUCAGUCCCGCGCAGCGAGGCCGGCAGGGUGGCCUGGGAGGAGAGGGCGCAUGCUAGAGAGGUCGCGGAUGCGGCUUACGCGAGGGCGAUGGCGGAUGCGGAGGAGGAGGAGGGCGAUGGGUAUGAUGCACCGGAGCUCUAA